AACAAGGUAAGAGUGAGUGUCAUAUACAAAGAAGAGAGAAGAAAAUGGAGAUAGAGAAGAGCAACGACAACAAUGAAGUUUUCAGAGAUGAACAGCAAGAGAGUGGCUGCAACAGAAAACAAAAGCGAAAAGGAGGCCUCCGAACAUUGCCUUUCAUCUUCUCAAACGAAUUUUGCGAUAGAUUCGCGGUGGCGGGAUUUAAUGGUAACUUGAUAAGUUACCUAACACAAGUGAUGAACAUGCCAUUGGUAUCUGCAUCCAACAUACUAACAAUAAUUGGUGGAACAUCGAGCUUCACUCCUCUCCUUGGUGCUCUCAUUGCUGAGUCCUUUGCUGGUCAGUAUUGGACCAUCACUGUCGCUUCCCUCAUCUAUCAACUGGGAUUGAUUUUCACCACUCUGUCUGCUAUACUUCCACAUACACGGCCUCCACCAUGUCCAAAACAAGUGAACUGCCAAGAAGCCACAUCCUCACAACAAUGGAUACUAUACAUGUCUCUACUCCUCACAUCUCUUGGCUCAGGUGGCAUUAGACCCUGUGUUUUGCCAUUUUUAGGAGACCAAUUUGACAUGACCAAAAAAGGUGUGGAAUCUAGAAAAUGGAACAUCUUCAAUUGGUACUUCUUUGGCUUGGGUUUGGCGUCUCUAACUGCUUUAACCAUUGUGGUUUACAUCCAAGACAACACUGGGUGGGGUUGGGGAUUUGGCAUACCAACAAUUGUUAUGCUAUUUUCUAUUCUUGCAUUUGUGUUGGGGUCACCACUCUAUAGGAAUGUGAAACCAAAGGGAAGCCCUUUGGUUCGUUUGGUGCAAGUGAUUGUGGCAGCUAUAAGGAAGAGGAAAGAAGAUUUGCCUAAUGAUCCUAACCUUUUCUACCAAAAUAAGGAGCUUGAUGCUCCUAUUUCAUUGGAAGGAAGACUUCAACACACGGAUCAAUAUAAAUGGUUGGACAAAGCUGCAAUUGUGACAGAAGAAGAAGCUAGAGAUCUAAAUUCAGCACCAAACCUAUGGAAACUGGCCACUGUCCACAGAGUUGAGGAACUAAAAUCCAUCAUUAGAAUCAUUCCAAUUUCUUCAACAGGGAUCUUGCUCAUAACAGCUUCAUCUCAUCUUCCAAGCUUUGUAAUCCAACAAGCUCGAACAAUGAACCGCCACCUCUCUCACUCAUUCCAAAUCUCCCCAGCAAACAUGUCAGUAUUCAGUGUCAUAACCAUGAUGGCCGGAGUAGCUCUCUAUGACGUCCUCUUUGUCCCCCUCGUCCGCCGCUUCACAAAAAAUCCUACAGGAAUCACAUGCAUACAGAGAAUGGGAAUAGGAUUCAUGAUUAACAUUGUGGCCACAGCUAUCUCAGCACCGGUCGAAGUCAAAAGAAAAGAAAUUGCUUCACAUCAUAACUUGUUGGAUGAUCCAACUGCUAUUAUUCCAAUAAGUGUGUUUUGGUUGGUACCUCAGUAUUGUUUGCAUGGUUUGGCUGAUGUUUUUAUGUCUGUUGGACUCUUUGAAUUUCUCUAUGAUCAAUCACCUGAGAGCAUGAGAAGUAGUGCUACUGCUAUAUAUUGCAUAGUUAUAGCAAUUAGGAGCUAUGUUGGCACAUUUUUGGUGACAUUAGUUCAUAAGUAUAGUGGCAAAAAUGAGAAGAAUUGGUUGCCUGAUAGGAACCUUAAUAGGGGUAGAUUAGAGUAUUAUUACUUGCUUGUUAGUGGGGUUCAAGUUUUAAAUUUAAUUUAUUUUGUAAUUUGUGUUAGAUUCUAUACUUAUAAACCUGUGGAAGAAAAUAUUAGCGAAAUCAACAAUAAGGGAGAAGAUUUAGAACAAAAUGGUGAAAAAUUAUUAUUGGAGAAACCAAAAGGAGAUAAGGAUGAUCAAAACAAGAGUCUUAGCCAAAAUUAAUGUAUUUGUGAUCAUCUUGGCAGAAGCUGGUUUGAG